CGGAAGCUGAGGACAGAUGCGAAGACCGCGGCGGGCACCUCGCCAAGGUGACUACGGCCGGGCAGGUCGCGACGGUGAAGGACGUGCUUAAGAAUGUGCCCGACGGUAACUGCGUCCGCUUCGGCGCGAUCAAGGAGGCUGGGUCCUGGCGGUUACUGCGAUCGACGUUAUCGAGAACAAUGGCGGGGAAUACUGUAGCUGUUACUGGGUAGCGGACGACAACGUCUACGACGCGCCUUGCCACGGAGGGUGGGGCCAGGGCGACUACUACCUCUGCGCGACAAGCGAGGGCGAUGGCGAGGACUACUCCUUAACGUACUACGAUGACGGGUCGGGCCAGACCUACGAGUGGAUGAAGAGCAGCUGCGCAACAAAGGGCAAGCGCCUGUGCACGUACGGCGAGCUUUGCCCCAAUGGAGGCCCGCACCAGGCCCCGUACGGCGGACAGCAAGCAAGCACGGAUAUGUGGGCGCCAAUAACUCCCGAUGCGGGCGAGGGCGGCAGCACGAACCAGGAUUGGGUUCAGAUCGGGACGCGUGACGGUGGUAUGUGCAACAAACACAGCUCAUUUUACGGUGGCGUGCAUGCUGACGAGUGCUGCUGUGGAGACUGGUGCAAUACGAACGUGCAACAGGAAUGGAAGCGCAUAUAUGCGUGCUGUGACGGGGAAGGUGGCUCCUCUACUACUACGACCGGCACGAACUGCCGAAGCGACAUCUGCACGGACAUUGCGAACGACUGUUGUGCGCCGGGCGGCGAGGCCCGCGGGUGCAGUAUUACGGGCUACGAGGUCCAGCCGGAUCCGACGGGGACCUCGGGCUACGGGCCUUGCGUCAGCACGUACGGCCAGGAGUCGGUGUAUCAAUGCUGCGCGACGUCCUCGACGUCUGCUGGCAGCGGCUCCUUCGUGUACGUCGAUCAAGCGAAGAGCUUCGACGACGCGCGCGCGUACUGCCGCGCGAACUAUCACGACCUCGCGUCGAUCCACAGCUCCAGCGAGAAUGCGGCAGUAGCGGCGCUUUGUCCCGGUGAAUCAUGCUGGAUCGGGGGCUCCGACGCGGCCCAAGAGGGCACGUGGACCUGGUCGGACGGCACGGCGUGGGACUACGACAACUGGGAAAGCGGAGAGCCCAACAACUGGGGAGGCGACGAGCCCUACACCGUGAUCUACGACUCAGGACGAUGGAACGACGAGAGCCGCUAUGGUACUUACCCAUUCGUGUGCGCGACUACAUUUACGAUCACAAGCUCAAACGUGCAUUGGGACGAAUGUCCCGGCGAGUGUGCCGCCAUCGGGGGCACAUUCGCUUGCAUCGACGACGAGUCGCAGAAUGGGCAAGCCUUGGCGGCGUUUGGGGGCAGUUGUCCCGACGGAGCGGACGACUGCGGGGCAUGGAUCGCGGUGAACGAUAAGGCGUCGGAGGGCAACUGGAUCUGCACGGCCGACGGCAGCACACAAACCUAUCAACCUUGGUCUGCCAUUGGUAGUGAACCCAACGGCGGCUCCGGCGAGAAUUGCGCGAAUAUGUGGGGCCCAAACUCGGGAAGAAACGACGGGGCGUGGAACGACUACGGCUGUACCGGUGCUCGCAUGCCAUGCAUCUGUAGGGGCGGGGGCGGUGGCUCCUCUGAGGAUCUCUUCGUCGCUGGGCCCUCGGGGGGCAAUUACUACGACGCGACGGCCUACUGCUCAAGCAUAGGCGCAUCGAUCGCCACCAUCUAUAGCGCGACCGAGAAUGAGCUGGCGCGCCAAGCGUGCGGCGGCUCGUCGUGCUGGAUAGGCCUCGAAGAAGUCGGCGGCAGCGCGUCGACGCCCAAGGCGAGCCAGACGUGGCGGUGGAUGGAUGGAUCGACAGCCAGUUACACGAACUGGGAUGAUUGGGAACCGAAUAAUCACGAUGGGAACGACGAGAGGAACGCCAUGAUGAAUUGUUGCGGCACAGACGGCGUUGACGCGUCGGGCAUGUGGCACGACGCGCCGUACAACUACGACGAACCGCGACCCCUCUGCCGCACCGAUGAUUGCGGCCCAUCCUCCGGCGGCUGCGAUCCGAUCUACAAUUUCGCCGGCGCCACGCGGACGUGCACCUCGUCGAACUACCCCGAAAACUGCAUCGUGGUGGUCGAGAACUCGCAGCAUGCCGACUGCAAUGCGUGGUGCGCUGCCGCCGGGUCUUGGUGUAUUAAUGGAUGGGACUCCCACGGCGGCAGCUGCGAUAACAUAGACCAAACGGACGACACUUGGCCCCAGGGCUGCGGCGGCGACAACCUUUUUCACGACGGAAUAUGCAUGUGCGCUCCAGUCGGCGGCACGUCGUCCCAAACGGACGGCGGGCCGUGCACGCCGCAGCGCGCCGACAACCUCGAUGACGACGGGCCGGACGCGGCGUCGGCGGCGACGAUCAUCGCGUGCGUCGCGGCGGCGAUGUGUGCGGUCUUGAUUGGAGUCGUCGGCUUUCUUUACUGGAAGAUGCAGCAGGUCCAGGGCCGGCCGGUGCGGCCCGUGGGCCAGGCGAUCGCGGUGGAGAUGGCCACGUACGGCCAGACGAUGGCCGCCCCCAGCUACGUCCUCAAGGCGGCGUCGGCGCCGCCCGGCCGAAGCUUUUGCGUCGACUGCGGUGCGGCGAUCCAGGGCCGGUUCUGCGGCGCGUGCGGGCGGAAUCAGCCCGCGGGGGCUCAGCCCGCGGCGGAGCCACCGUUCGUGGCGCCGACGCCGAACCUUUUCCGGCGGCAGCCAAUGGACAAUAACCAAGGCGCGCCGCAGAGCCUUCCCGUAGAGAUCAUCAGCGCCGCCGGACAAGGGCCGCCGGCCGGCGCUCGACCCGUCCCGCAGGGGUCCGUGAUACAAGGCUCCGUGAUACAAGGCUCCGUGGUGCCGGGGUCCGUCGUGCAGGGGUCCGCCGUGCAGGAAUCCGCCGAGCAGGGGUACAUUUAGGUCCUUUGUCGAAGAAGAAGGACCAAGCAGAUAUUUACUGCGCCGUCGAAUCGCCAGUCCCUUUCACCCCCCCUCCCCGCGGCAGAUGGUGUUGCCGGCGUCCGCGUAUAUACC